AUGAAAAAAUUUCUUGAAAAACAUAUGAGCAAUGAUUUCAGUAUCCGUAUGAAUAAUUUAUCAUAAAACCAUGAGUAUCAAUUAAACCAAUACAAAUGCUCUUCUCCAGUAGUUUUUGGGAGUAGAUUUGCAUCACCUUCUCCAUUCAGAUCAGUUACUCCAAUAUAAGGAUAAUUGUCUCCGGCAAAUCAAUCUCGCAGAGAAAGUGCGUUUUCAAGAAACUCUGACAACUUUGAUUUUUCAGUUAAAGAAAAAUCAAAAAUAUUAAAUAAGCCCAUUACUUAAUACUUUAAAAAACAAUAAGAAUAUUAUGAUGAAGAAGAAUGCAAUAUUGAUUACUUUUUUGAUAAAGAGCAGAUCAUUAUCGAAGAGUAAGAACUUUUACAUGCAAAGCUUAGAAUGAUUCGCGAUGAUUUCAAUUUUAAAAUCUAACAAUUAGAAGAUUACUUAAGAGAAUACCUGAGAGAAAGAUAAUCGAUUUUACAAAAUCUUUCAAUUUCUGUUAAGGAAGAGCAAGACAGAUUUAAUGAACAUUCAAAAUAAAGUAAAAGAAAAAAUAAACAGUAUGAAAUGCAGCAUACAAGAACUGAUUCCAUUAAUAAACAAGAUUCAAAAAGUGAUUCAUAGCCAAUCCAAAUAGAAAUAAUGAGAGCAGCUAGUUCAAUGAAAGAAUAGAGAGUAGAUCCUAAUCUUGAUAGAAGAGAUUUUUUAGAUAUAAGACGUGAAUCUCGCCAUGAAUCUAUUAAUGGCUAUAGUUCUCAUCAUCGAAGAGAGUCAUCGUAUAAAACAGUUAAGUUGAGGGAAUCCAGAGUUAAAAGAGAAGAAUCACUUAAAGGGGACUCUGUUAAAGAUGAGUAACCAUUGAAGAGUGCUUUAAAAAAGAAAGACUUCAACAGAUAGACCUAUAAUUGUCAGGAUGAUUCAUAAGAUGAUUGGAAAUUUAUUAAAGAGGCUAAAAAUAAUUUAGAAAAACAAAAAACUUAAUUAGAUGAUAAAUAGUCUCCUAAUAAAGUUAGAUUUGUAAAUUAAGAGAAAUCUUAAAAAAAAUAAUAAGAUAAAGUAGUAAAAUCAAAAUAUUUAAAUGAUAUUGACAUUUUCUUAAAAUGUAGAUAUUGA